AUGCAAGCGGAUCAUAGUUCCAAUUCUGCACCCCAAGAAAUUAAGGAUAAGGCUGACGGUAGCAUCAAACAACCCGGCUCACCGAUACCAUCCGCAGCAUCUACAUCAAGUCCCAGUGUCACUGUCAACAGUGAAGAAAUUAGUAGUCACAGAUCGCCCAACCAUCGUAAAUUUCCAUUGAGAAACCGUAUACCUGUGAAAAGAUAUGGAUUGGACUUUGACUUUAUAUCUCAUAAAAGCACUUAAUUUUUUUUUGGAGAAGGAAUUGUAUGGUGUACAUAUAAAAGAUAUAAAAUAUUUCUGGAUUGUUACUUGUUUAUAGAUUAACAGAUAUAAAAUUGAUUAAGUGCUUAGGUAAUCUCAAUCUUCAAUCUGUUUAUCAGAUAAGCUGAGUAAUAAGUAAUUGUCAUCAUGAGGUAUCGUCUUAUUAUUGAAAAUUAAAAUUAUAUAAAAUCACACGGUUCUUCUAUUUAUUAUAUGAUAUCUACUCGUAAAUAAAUAAAAGAACGAUCUUGAUCGUGUCGACAACUAGUACUAAGUUAGGCUAUAAUUUAUAAUUUGUGUAUUUUGUUUUAAGUUAUUAAAUAAAGACGGAGGUGUUGUAUAUUAUUAAUAUAAUGUAGGUAGGUGAAUUUAUCCAUGCGCAAGCGCGGUGUAUAUCUUGUCCAGUUCUCAAUAAACGAUCGUUACGACACAACGACUUUUAUUUAACAGUUUUUUUGUUACAGAUUUGUUUAACUCCGACAACGGCGGCGGCUUCUAAGAAAGCAAGUAAUUUGCUUUCAUAGAAGCCGCCGCCGUUGUCGGAGUGCGGCAAUUCUAUUGCACAAACUAUACUAAAUUUAAUUUUAAGUCCUCCAAACGGCAUUUUCAAAUAUGUAAACAACUAAGAGAACAAAAAUAAACUUGCUAUAUUAUUCUAUAGGGGUAUAUAUUCAAUUUUUUAUCAUGUUACUACAAAAAGCACUAAAAAUACAUUAAAAAAAUCAAAUUAAAUUUAUAUAUUUUGAGUUUAUUAUACUAUGUCGGAAUAAUAUGAGUCAGAGUACACGGCCUUCUUAUCCACAGUUGGAGGCUUUAGUGAAUUUCCUAGAAGAAAAUCUAGGGAUUGCAAAGGGUCAUCUGCGUUCCGCCCAAGGAAAGUGGGAGACGAAAAGAAAAUGGGAGCAAAUAACUAUUACUCUCAAUGCUAUGGGAGGAACGCAAAAAGAUGCCAAAGAUGCAAACCGAACCGGAGGUGGUGGACCUGCCAACUUACCUUCACUCACCAGUAUAGAAGAGAGAAUGGUGGCUAUACUGGGUGGAAGAGGUUUUGCAGAAGGGGACUCUCAGUUUAGUGUUCCAAUACUGCCGUCUCAGGAGGGACCAUCAAAUCUAGAAGUAUCGGCUAGCACUGCACCAACACCACCAGUAAUAGUGGAACAACAAGACGAUCAUAUCCUUUUGUCACUACCUGCUGGUAAUGAACUUCACAGUCCAGACCACACUCCACUUUUAGCCUCUACUCGAUCUAACCGUGGAAGGCGAUCUCAAAUUCAAGUCGAAAGAGAUCGCCUUAUCUCCAUCGAAGAAAGGCGGGUGGAGGCAGAACUCAUCCACGCUAGAGCUUUGCAAGAAAACAUGGCUGCACUUGCUGCAGCUUGUAAUAAUAUAGCCGAGGCCAUAACCACAAUUGGUACAAGGGUGGUCAAUGUACUCGAAACUUUAAGGCGGUCUCCUUAG